GUAGUGAUGCGCAGGCUCGGUGAGGAGGCUGCUGCUGCUGCUUAUUGAUCAAAAGACAAGCGGCUGCUUCAGGCUGAGGAACAGAGCGAGCCAGUCAGGCAGGGCAGGAAAAGCGAGGGAUAUUUAUAGAGAUAAAGAAAGAUAGAGAAAUAGAAAGAGGGAGAGAAAUGAAAGUGUCUGCCAUCAUAUCCUGCUGCAUGAUGGUGGUGUGGUUCUGACCUGCUUGGACUAAGGAGGGGCUCUCUCUCUAUCCUGCUACACAACAAGGAAAGACUCUACUGAAGACUGUGAUUGAGCUGAUCUUCAAGUCGCUGUUCAGUUGGAGGCAUCAGUAUGGAGGCUCCGCUGGUCUGCCUAGAUGAGGAGUUUGAGGAUCUCCGGCCGUGUAAGAUAGACGAGCUGGAUCCAGAACCAGCCCCCCGUCGGCCGUACGGGACGGUGCCUCUGGCCCCUCUGGGCCGGGAAGACUUCUCCGAGCUGGAGAACUUCUCAGAGAUGAUGAGUUUCAAGUCCAUGGAGGAUCUGGUGAACGAGUUUGAUGAGAAGCUGAACGUGUGCUUCCACAACUACAACACCAAGACGGAGGGCCUCGCUCCAGUUCGCAACCAGUCACACACCGAGGAGGAUGAGGAGCGGCUGCAGGAUGAAGAUGUGUGGGACGCUCUGACUGAUAACUACAUGCCAUCUUCUGUGUCCAGCUGGGACGGCCCCAUCUCAGAGACGCUGAAUGGCAACCUCUCAGAUGAUGAGAUCCAUGAAAAAGACGAGGAGGAGAUGAAUGAAAAGAACGAAAACGGCAAUUGUAUUAGUGAUGAGCCUCUUAUCACAGCUGAUCAGGUGAUUGAGGAGAUCGUGGAGAUGAUGGAGAAUUCUCCAGACCCGGGCGAGACAGAGGAAGAGGAGGAGGAAGAGAGCGGGGUGGUCUCCCCUAAAACCAACCCGUCUCUACUGGAGGAGAUCCGCCUGCUGUCUCAGGCCUCCAAUAACAACUGCUCUUAUGAAGGUCUGAGUCUGAUGCCGAGUUCGGCCUUAGUGGAUCUGUUGUGUCGCGUGGAGGCGGCUAUUCGUGAGUACUCGGAGGAGCUGGUGGCACAGCUGGCCCGGCGGGAUGAGCUGGAAUUCGAGAAAGAGGUGAAGAACACGUUCAUCACGGCGCUGAUGGAGGUGCAGAACCGGCAGAAGGAGCAGCGCGAGCUCAGCAAGCGCCGCCGCAAAGACAAGGCCAUGAGUCUGCAGGGGUCUACCCGCACGGAAAAGCCCAGCAGCAUGCCAGUCAAGAGGUUCAGUAUGGAGGGUCUGUCUAACAUCUUGCAGACGGGCAUAAGACAGACGUUCGGAAACUCAGGGACAGACAGACAGUACCUAAACACAGUUAUCCCAUAUGAGAAGAAGGGCAAUUCUCCAACUGUGGAUGAACUUCAGAUGCUCACAAAAAUCCUGUACGCCAUGAAAGAGGACAGUGAAAAAGUCCCAACUCUGCUAACUGACUAUAUACUAAAAGUUCUGUGUCCUACGUAAACUGCUCUGUAUGUUCUCCUGUCUUUGGGACUGUGAGGAAGGCUGGUGGUCUUCAUCCCCCUCUCUCUCUGUGCUCCAGUCCCAACUGCAUGAGCUCCCGACCCAUUAUCAACGAGGGACCCUUGACAUCUAACCAUCCUCCCUUCGCUUAGCUAAUCCAGCUCAUCUCACUGUCCUUCCUGCGCUUGCACAUAUCCACAAGGCCAGUACAGCAGCGCCUGGUGCUUUCCACCUUUUUUACAGUGUACUUUACAAUGGGCCAAAAGCCAUACGGAGCAUGUUAAUAGGGGAACAGGUAAAUACGAAAUCCGUCUCAGUCUCUGAUCAGGUAUUCUCUAUUCUUCUCCUGGUUUUUUUUUAGCUAAGCCCACGUGAGGGCGCUUCCUUUCAUUCUCAUCCAUUCAGGUCAGCAGGUGUACUGAGGGACAUCACGUAGAGACAUGGUCAAGCCUAGAUGAAUCGUUUGUGCACUUUUUCAACUAGUCUAUCCAUCCGUCUUCUCAUCCUUCUGCUUUAUGCUGUUUUAGUAUCGUGGCUUCAUUUCAGCAGCUAGCAUGCUUUAAUGUUCACCAUUAAUGCCAAUUUAUGGGGGUAUCCAUGAUGACAACCUGAGAUUUUGUUUUUUACUUUUUGUUUAUGUAUGUAUUAUUUUUUGACCAUUAACCGUUUGUUUUGAUGAUAUCAUCAUCAAUAUAUAUUUUUUUUAAACCAUGUAAUUUCUUACGAGAGUUAGAGUAACUGUCAUUUAUGAUGCCAUAUUACACUCAUAUCUUUUAUGUAUAUAUUUCUUGUUUACUAAGGGGCAUGAAGGAAAGCAAAGUAUGGCUGGAGUCAAAGUUCAAAUAAAUGUCGAACCCUGUGGAAAAA